CUAGAGGACCAGGUACACCCAAGAGCCCAAACAAGAAAGAAAGAAAGAAAAAAAGAGAGAGAGAGAGAGAGAGAUGGCGGAUUUGUUCCACAAGCAGGCGAAGCAAUACGCGGAGACACGGCCGAAUUACCCAGAAGAAGUGUUUCAAUUCAUCGCGUCUAAGACACCUUCUCACGACCUUGUUUGGGAUGUCGGCACUGGUAGCGGCCAAGCAGCCAAAUCUUUGUCUGAGAUCUACAAGAAUGUGGUAGGCACAGAUACCAGCCAAAAGCAACUUGAUUUUGCACCAAAACUCCCCAAUGUGAAAUACCAAUGUACCCCUCCCAACCUGUCCAUGGCCGAGCUCGAAUCCACUGUUGCAGCCCAAUCAAGUGUUGAUUUAGUCACCAUAGCUCAAGCCCUCCAUUGGUUCGACCUUCCUACCUUCUACCAACAAGUCAAAUGGGUACUCAAAAAACCCAAUGGUGUGAUUGCUCCAUGGUGCUACACUAUUCCAGAAUUCGACGGCAGCUUCGAUGCUGUCUUUCGACAGUUUUACUCUGAUUCGAAACCUUAUUGGGAGUCGGUGCGCAAAUUGGUGGACGACAAGUACAGGGGCAUUGAAUUCCCAUUUGAGCCAGUGGAAGGAGCUGAUCACACGGGACCGUUUGAGUUCAAGACCGAGAGGUUGAUGGAUUUAGACAGCGUUUUUACUUACAUAAAGUCGUGGUCAGCAUAUCAGACUGCGAAAGAGAAGGGUGUGGAGCUGUUGAGCAACGAUGUGGUUGAGAACUUCAAGCGUGCUUGGGGUGAAGAUGGUGAUGACCAGAAGGUUGCGAAGUUUCCGGUUCACUUGAGGAUUGGAAAAGUUGGAAAUUUAGGUUAGAAGGCUAACCAAUUUGGAUACUAGCAGGAGAUUCUCUGUAUCAAAAUCACUGCCCCUAGUUCCCUAUACAAUAAUUGUGGUUUGUGAUUAUCACUAUAUCUUAAAGCUUGGAGUGCGUUGAGAACAGAGCACCAAGAUUUAGAACAGAGGAUCCCUAGUGUUGAAAUUGAAUAAUUCACAUUAAGGGCAGACUAGGUGUCCAUUUUGUUUGUCACAGCAUUUGGAGUGAAAUUGUAGUAGCACAAGUACAACAUCAAGUUAAGAAUUCAUGAAUAACAAGGCAAUAUUAGAAAUUGAAAGGUCCUCUGUUCUGUCCCA